AUGGUAGGAAGAAGAACUUGUGAUAAGAGGCAUGGGAAGGAAUUGAUACAGGUAAAAGAAGAAAGUAUCAGCACCCUGAUUGAGACCAAACACUUCUCAGAAGCUGUUACCCAGCAGGAGCCCUCAGUUGCAGAACUUACAGGAAUUAUUAAAGCCAAGAUCAGGUUAAUUGGAAACCAAAGACAGCUAACCCCAGAGUCUGCAGAUAUUGUCUUUUUGGUUGACAGCUCCAACAGCCUGAAAGACUCUUCAUUCGGCUCCUUAAAAGAUUUUAUUGCAGAAACAAUUGAUAAUCUGCCAGUAGGACCUAACCAAUACCGUAUUGCACUUGCCCAGUACAGUGAUGAUUUGCAUAGGGAGUUUCAGCUAGAUACUUAUAAUGCAAAGAACUUGAUGCUAAACCAUGUCAAGAAGAACUUUGUAUUUAGGGGUGGGUCAGUCAGAACUGGCAAUGCUCUCCGAAAGGUUCAUGAGAUAUAUUUUAAAAGACCAGCUAGUGCAACAGGAAGAAAUCAGAUUUUGGUGGUUGUGACUUCAGCAUCCUCAGAUGAUGAUGUGGAAGAGUCUGCCAAAAUCUUGCAGAGUAGUGGAGUAAAGAUCAUAGCUGUAGGGACAAAAGAAGCUCCUUAUGAUGAACUAGCUUUGAUGGCUACACCCCUGUUCUAUUACAAAAUUCCUAAGAUAGAGGAACUUCCUGUCUUUUCUCAACAUAUGCCCCAAAUAAUUGAAGGUAUUAAUUUGGAUGUCAAUAGUGCAAUGCAAACAACUAUGUUUGAAGUAACUGACCGGCGUGAAGAAAAACAGCUAGAAGCUCCUGAACCUGCAGAUAUUGUCCUUUUGAUUGCUAGUUCCAGUGAACUGGGAAAUGACUCAUUCCCUUACAUUAAAGAUUUUAUUAGCAAAAUGAUAUAUGGUCUACCAGUGGGACCAAACCAGUACCGCAUUGCACUUGCCCAAUACAGUGAUGAUGUGCACAGUGAGUUUCAACUGGACACCUAUGAAGCAAAAAUCUUAAUGUUGAAUCACAUCAAAGAGAAGUUUGCAUUCAGGGGUGGGCCCUUGAAGACUGGCAGUGCUCUCCGUUGGGUUCAUGAGACCUAUUUCAAAGAAAAGACAAUAGAUAGAGAUCAAAUCUUGCUGGUCAUGUCUUCAACACCCUCUGUCAAUGAAAUAGAAGAGCCUGCCCAAAUAUUGCAACAUGAUGGAGUAAAAGUCAUAGCUGUGGGGAUUGAAAAAGCUUCUAUUGAUGAACUAAGUUUGAUGGCUACACAGCCAUACUCUUACUAUUUUUCCAGGGCAUGGAAGCUUCCUAUGUUUUCUCAAAAUGUGUCCAAGAUUCUUGAUACAAUCCAAACAGAUAUAACUGAUGCUGAUGAGAAACAAUUAGAAGUCUGUAACUUGGAUUUGCUUGCUGAUAUUGUAUUCAUAGUAGAUGAAGGUGUUACAAAACCAGACUUUGAUACUACUAAAAAAUUCCUGAAAGACCUAAUAUCAUCUCUUGAUGUAAAGAAGGAAUGCAUAAGAAUUGGUCUGGUGACUUUUAGCACUAAGCCGGAAGUGAUAUUUUUUCUGAACACAGAAGCAAACAAAGCUGAUAUUCUGCAGAAAAUAGAGGGCCUUUCUCCCAAGCCAGGGAAAUCUCGUACAGGUGCUGCCAUCAAUGCUGCAAGCAAAAGUGUCUUCAUUGAGAGUGCUGGAAGCAGAAAAGCUCAAGGGGUAGAGCAAAUAGCUGUUCUGAUCACCCACAGACCCUCACAAGAUAACGUGAGUGAUGUAGCGGCAGUGCUUAGGAGAAGUGGGGUGACUGUUUUCUCCAUUGGUAUAAGAGAUGCGAGUAUUCCCCAGUUGAAAGAGAUAGCAUCACAUCCUCAACAACAGUAUGUUACGUAUCUAAAGGAAUUUUCUAACCUGCUGAAGCAAAGUACAACUUUUUACAAGAAACUCUUGAAUCAAAUACAGGACAGGCUCUAUGUUGAGUCUGAACGAAGAGAAUCUCUCAAAACAGGAUGUGUGGAUACAGAAGAAGCUGAUAUCUAUUUCCUCAUUGAUGGUUCAUCAAGUAUUAGAUAUCUUGACUUUGUGGAUAUGCAAACUUUUUUGACAGGAGUGAUUAACUUGUUUAACAUCGGACCAGAUAAAGUCCGAUUUGGAGUUGUUCAGUACUCACACUUGGUUGAACUGGAAUUUGAGCUUGGUAAAUACAACACAGCAGGUGAUUUAGUGAAGGUCAUUGAAAACAUCAGGCAAAUAGGUGGAAAUACCAACACAGGAGCAGCUCUAAGUUACAUGCGACCACUCUUUGCAAAGGCAAGGAGCCAACGUGCUAGAAGAGUGCCUUGUCACCUCAUUGUUCUAACAGAUGGACAAUCACAUGACAGCGUGAAGGAACCUGCUGAUAUAUUGAGGAAAGACCAGGUUAUUGUUUAUGCCAUUGGAGUGAAAGAUGCUAAUGAAACACAGCUCCAUGAGAUUGCAGGGGCAAAGAACAGGGCAUAUUUUGUACACAAUUUUGACUCAUUGAAAGUUAUAAAAAGUGAAGUUGUUCGAGAAAUCUGCUCUGAAGAAGCCUGCAAAGAUAUGAAAGCUGACAUCAUAUUUUUGGUGGACAGUUCUGGGAGCAUUGGAGAUGAAAACUAUGUGAAAAUGAAAAGAUUUAUGAAGGAACUGGUGGACCGAUCUAACAUCAGCACACAGCAAGUGCAGAUUGGGGUUGUCCAGUUCAGUGAUGUUCCCAGGGAAGAGUUCCAGCUCAACCAAUACUCUACCAAGCGCGAUAUUGUUAGCGCUAUUGACAGAAUGUCUCUCAUAAAUCAGAACACACAAACUGGAAAGGCAUUGAAGUUUGUGGCUGAGUAUUUUCAGUCUCCCAAAGGAGCACGUCCCAAUGUUAAAAAAAUUCUUAUCCUGAUCACCGAUGGGGAGGCACAAGAUGCAGUAAAGGAACCAGCAACAGCCCUACGACAGGAAGGCAUUAUUAUUUACUCAGUUGGAGUUUUUAAAGCAAAUAGAACUCAGCUAGAAGAGAUUGCUGGGAAGCCUGAGUUGGUUUUUUAUGUUGAAAACUUUGAUAUUCUAAAGGAGAUAGAAAAUGAGAUCUUCUUUGGCAUAUGCAGUCCUUAUGAAAGCUGCAAAAGGAUAGAACAUCUAGAUGUUGUGUUUGUUAUUGAUGGUUCUGGAAGCAUAAGUGACUCAGAAUACCAGACUAUGAAAGACUUCAUGAUCACCUUGGUGAACAAAUCUGAUGUUGGCCCAGACAGAGUUCAGUUUGGAGCUGUAAAAUAUUCUACCACACCAGAAACGUUUUUCCACCUUAAUAAAUUUAGUACAAAAUCUGAGAUUGUUGAGGCCAUCCAGGCAGACAAAUCAAUUGGGUUAGAUACUUACACAGCUGCAGCACUUAGCCAUUCAGAAACUCUAUUCACUGAGAGACAUGGAAGCCGCAUAAAAAAGGGAGUUCCACAGGUUCUUAUAGCGAUCACUGAUGGUGAAUCACAUGAUAAAGACAAACUUAAGGACGCAGCCAAAAGGCUAAGAGACAAAGGAAUUCUUAUCUAUGCAGUUGGAAUACAAAGAGCAAACCGUGAGGAACUAUUGAUGAUGGCAGGAGCAGAAGACAAAUGGUUCUAUGUUGAUAAAUUUGAGGGACUCAAAAACCUCUCCAUGAAUGUAACAGAUGAUAUAUGCCAGGUUUCACAACCAAAAUGUGAAAAUCCAGUAGACAUUGUUUUCUUGAUGGAUGGUUCUAAAGGUGUCGCUGAAAAAGACUUCGUGUCUACAAAGGACUUCUUGAUAAAUAUACUCACUGCAUUUGAUGUUACUCACAAUGUCCGAAUUGGCAUUGCCCAGUAUGGUAACAGAUUCCAAGAAGAGUUCAGCCUGAAUGUUUUUCCAAAUGAAGAACUAAAAGAAAAAAUUGAAGGCAUUCAACAAAUGAAAGGACGUCGAAGAUAUAUCGGUUCUGCACUUGAGAGAGUGCAGCGCUACUUCAGGCCAGGAAAAGGCAGCAGAAUAAAUGAAAAUAUCCAGCAAGUUUUACUGGUAUUCACUGGUGGACAAUCACGUGAUAGAGUUUCUAGAGAAGCAAAAAACCUGAGGAGGAAAGGCAUUGAGAUAUAUGCUGUAGGAAUGGGAAAAGGUCGUGUGCAACUUAAUCGGAUAGUUGGCGCGUCAGGCAGAAAAUACACAGUUGAUGAUUUCAGUGACUUAAAGACCAUUAAAAAAAGACUAGCGGAUGAUAUUUGUAACUUGCCUGAUAAAGCAAGUUGCUUGGUGGAUAUUGUUGUGGGAUUCGACAUCACAUCACAAACAGAAGGCAAUUAUUUUUUUCAUGGACAGCCCAAGCUGAGAGAGAACCUUCCCAACAUCCUAAAAACCCUCACAUCCUUGAGUGGUAUGAGUUGCAACCUAGGAUCAAAAGUUCAGAGCAGUGUGGCACUGCAAGUGAAAAAUACAGUCCGUCCAGUGUCUUCCAAGUUUGAAAUUAACCCUGAAAUAAUCCUCAACAACCUGAAAAAUGUUGUGAUUGCCAAUCCCUCUUUUCUCAAUGUUGCCUUCUUGCAGUCACUUUGGAAAGCAUUUCAAAAAAGAUCUGAUAAUCGAAGAAAGGUGUUACUUAUAUUUUCAGAUGGUGUGGAUGAUAACAUAGAGGCACUCGAGGAAAAAUCAGAAGAUCUCAGAAAAAAGGGAUUGGAUGCACUCAUAACUGUUGCUCUCGAAAGGGCCUCUAAUUCUGAAAAACUUCAAUACAUUGAAUUUGGAAAAGGAUAUAAACAUAGAACUAUUUUAGAUAUUGGCAUGACAGAUACGGCCAGCCAGCUCUCCAAGUACUUGGCCAAUAUUGCUGAAAGAACAUGCUGCUGUGUGUCUUGCAAGUGUGUUGGGGAAGAAGGUGAUAGCGGAUCUCGAGGAAAACAAGGGAUAAAGGGACCUCGAGGUGCAAGCGGACACCUUGGAUAUUUAGGAGAUGAUGGGGAGCCGGGUCCAAGAGGACCUUCUGGACUGGUGGGAAGACAAGGCAAUAGGGGAUGUCCAGGUACAAGAGGUCUCAAGGGACUUCGAGGAAUCAGUGGGCAUAAGGGAUCCAGUGGUGAUGAUGGGAUUGAUGGAAUUCAAGGAGAAGAGGGUGAUCCUGGACUUUCAGGAAACAAAGGCGAAAAGGGUGACUUAGGCUAUCCGGGCAGCACAGGACCAAGAGGACCCCCUGGUGAACGUGGACCAAAGGGCUUUCAAGGAGAUUCUGGAAAUCCUGGAUUGAUUAGUGAGAUAAAAGGAUCUAAAGGCAUAAAAGGAGACCAAGGAAAAGUGGGUGAAAGAGGACCAGGGGGAUCACCAGGCUUGCCGGGAUCUGGGAACUUCAUAGGAGCAACAGGUCUAAGAGGACAACCAGGUCCAGAGGGUGGGAAAGGAACUCCUGGUCAGAAAGGUGUCCAAGGAGAGCAAGGAUUCAAAGGACCUCAGGGGCCCAGGGGGAUUCAAGGUAUGAAAGGAGAGAAAGGAGAACAAGGAAAUAAAGGUUUUCAGAGUAUACCAGGAGCUGUGGGUGCUAAAGGGAGUACUGGACAUCCUGGGAUGCCAGGAAGCAAAGGAGAGCCUGGCAAUCCUGGAGUGAAAGGAGAGAGUGGACAACGCGGUCAACGGGGAAGGCAGGGAGAAGAUGGCCCUACUCAGUAUGGUAGACUGGGAAAUAAAGGAGCAAAGGGAUAUAAUGGACUGCCUGGAGAUUUUGGACCAAAGGGUGAAGUUGGGAAUCCUGGCCUUCCAGGGAAAACUGGACUAAAGGGAAACAGAGGAAAAUGGGCAAGUAUUUGUUCCCCCUCCAAUGAUGGAAAUCUAUUUAAGUUAGCAUCUUGUAACAUCUUGAACUUUAUUAUAUUGAUUUUUUUAAAACUACAAUGGAAGGAAUUUUCAAAAACAGUGAGCCUUGGACUGACUAAACUCCUACUUAAGGUAGAUGCAAACCAAGGUGUUUCAGGUCCUGUCGGUCAAAAGGGUCAUGAAGGAGACUCGGGACCUCCCGGACACAGGGGGCCAGGCAAUAACACCACCUGGCUGGAGGGCUGCUGGUAUUAUCUGGAGGGUGCUAUCGGACAAAAAGGCCCGGCUUCAUUUUCCCCAUGUGAACUCAUUGAAUAUGUGCGCAAAAAUAGCCCUUGUUGGAGUGGAAAACGGGAAUGCCCAGUAUAUCCGACAGAAUUGGCAUUUGCUUUAGACUUAUCCCAGGAUGUCAGCCCUCAGAUAUUCCAAAGAAUGAAAGACAUAGUAAUAUCAAUAGUGAAUGACCUGAAAAUCAGAGACAGCAACUGCCCAGUUGGAGCCAGAGUUGCUGUUCUGUCCUAUAAUUUGCAUGCCGACUACCUGAUCCGCUUCUCGGAGGUCUACAGCAAGAAACAGCUUCUUAAUGAACUGAAAAAUCUGGAUUAUCAGAGAUCCUCAGGUGGACGGGAUAUUGGCAGUGCUUUGAGAUUUGUUGCCAGGAAUGUUUUCAAGCGAACCCUCCAAGGUACUAAUGUGAGAAAAAUAGCAGUGUUUUUCAGCAAUGGGCCGUCUGCAGAUGCAUCUGCCAUUAACACAGCAGUUUUGGAGUUGAGUGCGCUAGAUGUUGCUGCAACAGUUAUUGCAUUUCAGGAUCUAUCUAGCAUCAAUCGUGCAUUUGCGGUGGAUGAUUCUGGAUUGUUUCAUGUAAUAAACGUUCCUGUUGAAGGAGAUUAUAAACUACUCUUAAAAGGACUUCAUCUCUGCACUCUUUGUUAUGACAAAUGUAAACCAGAUGACCUUUGCAAGCGUCCAAGAGCCCUUUCAUGGCCGGCCUAUGUGGAUGCGACUUUCAUUUUGGACAGCUCCCAGAAAAUGAGCAAUGCUGAAUUUGGGAAAGUAAAAGACUUCCUGAGCAGAUCACUUGAUGUCUUUGACAUUUCCUCUAACCCAGGAGCUGUUUCUACAGGUGAUAGAGUGGCAGUGGUGAGCCAUGCUCCCCCAGGUUUCAAGCCCAAGAAUCGAAAGAGCCCAGUAAAGGUUGAGUUCAGUUUAAUCACCUACAACAGCAAAGGUAUAAUGAGAAAUCAUAUUGAAAAAUCUCUUCAACAGCUGAAUGGAGAAGGUGCUCUUGGCCAUGCCAUGGAGUGGACAAUGAAAAAUAUUUUCUCAACGGCUCCCAAACCAAGAAGCCACAAGGUUAUUAUUGUUAUAUCUGCUGGAGAAACAAGUCCAUGGGACAGGGAAAUAUUAAAGAAGGCAUCUGUGAGAGCCAAGUGCCAAGGAUAUGCUGUGUUUGUAAUUUCAUUAGGACAAUUUCAUAAUGCCAAAGAAGUGGAAGAGCUCACUAGCAUUCCCUUGGAACAGCAUUUGGUUCAGCUUGGUAGAACUCACAAACCUGAGCUUGACUAUGCGGAGAAGUUUGUGAAAGCAUUUGUACGUCUCCUCAGGGGUACAACCAAGAAGUAUCCACCAGAAGAGUUCAAGAUAAAAUGUGACAAGUUCAACUUUCAGAGCCAAUGACCUAUAGAGUUAAAGAUACGGGUAUCAGUACCUCUCAGGAUCAGACUCUUGAAGAGACAUUCUCUGUCUCCUUCCUCGGUUAAUUUGGACUCUUUGUUGGCGUUGGGCAAUAAGAAGCGUGAAAUGAACUUUUUCUACAACGGUUCAUAUUUCAGCUAUUAAACUAUUGGGAAAAAACCUGCUUGUUUCAAUGACUUCACCCUCCAUAUUGCUUUCAUGAGUGUACAAACAGUAAGAAGGUUUAUUAAUCACUAUUAUAGUGACUAUAAAGAGCAGCCAUAUUUUUCAUGUCUGUAUGAUUCACUUUAAUUAAAGGGAAACUAUACAGUAAGAAAAAUUUUAAAUCUUCAUGAGAGCACAAUCUAUAUCUCUUCUGAAACAAUUUCUGACUCAUGGAUUAACAGCAGCAUGUCAAGAGAGGCCACAACUGAGCAAUGUAAAAAUAACAGACAAAAAAGUUUUAGAAUUUUUGUACCCAAUAGCUGCCAGCUAAUAACUGGGUUUUAAUGAAGUCCUGAUAUAUGUGGGAUUUAUAUUUAUGUACCACACAUGUUUCUGAAUACUACAAUUUCAAGUUGUCUCGAGAAAAAGAAUUGAUGAAUAGUCAGGCUUGUUAUAUACUUACAAAGCUUCAAGGUAAUGAUUGUGCAUAGAAAAAAUGCAAUAAGUUCAAGUGGGCAUGUUCUAUAGCUCACUUGAACAUUUUAUCUGUAAAACUAAAAAGCUUGAGGAAAAGGUCAGCUCAGCAAAACACCUUCCCUCUUCAGUGGUUAAAGUAGCUGAAUACUGCACUUGUUAAACUUUUGAAUGCAGAAUUGUGCUGAGCCCGACAUAGCAUGGGAAAAAAUAAUUCUCUAAUGUAUAUUUUACCUGUAUAUGUUUGCUCCAAGAAGAAAGAAAAUACAUUUUUUUACAAAAUAUCACUGAAGUUUUUUUAACUAUUUUUCUGAAACUUCUGCUGGAGUUGUGUUUCAUGUUCUCAUAAUAAAUAAAAAUAAAUAGGGGGGAUUCAUUUAAUGAGUUUACACUGAUUAAAAGAAUGGAUGCAAUGGAUAAAAAGGCAUCUUUUGUUAAGAAUGUUUUACACAAUAGCACUAGUAGGAACCACUUCUAAAAACAGUUUUUUUUCAUACUAAAUCUGUACCUAUCUGUCAGAGAAAAAUUGGAACUAUAUGAUGAUAAUGAAUAUCCUCACACUACACAAGUGGCUGCAAAAGAUGUCAUGUAUCUGGGAUAAAUCAUUUUAUCCUGGGGAAAAAGUGAAAGCAUAUAGACAUUCACAUCCUUUAUCCUGGGAUAAAUGAUAAAAAGUUCCCUGGAUAAGAAGUAGUAAUGACUUAUCCUGGGAAAUUGCAAAAUAUAUCUGUACAGUUAUCCCACUAUUACAUCAUUGAGUCAAUGGCAGAAAAGAGCACUGCAUUCAGCCAUUAACUAAAACAUGAUUAGAAGAGUGAUGUUUUUGUUCGGGACAAACACAAGCACAGCUUACCCCAGUACAAAUGCAACAUCUGUUCCUAGCCAAUGUUCCUUUUGUCAAGCUCUCUUUGAGCAGGGAGAAGGUGUGAAGGUGGUAGAAUGGGGUAGGCAAUGUUUUUUUUGGCUGGAGUGCCAAAAAAACCACACUGUCUACCUUGUAAGAUACUGAAGUGCCAGCAUGCCAGAAAAACAAAACGAGGGCAGGGGGUACAUGGCAGGAUGCACUGCAUACUAGUAUAGUUAAUAAUCAUAAAUGUUGCUUUUUUUAUGGUAAAUACCAGAUUUUCUAAAAAUUGUAAACCUGGUAACAAUAAAUAAAACUGUUGAUAA